AUGGGCAGUCCCCCUGCCAUUCGUCUGUACGUGGAACAGCGGAAUCAGACUAUGCAAGCGUUUACUAUUGCUUCUCUUUGGCUGAUGGAUUGUGCGUUGAAUUUCAAUCCUGAUGGUGCUGAUUCCAAUGCAGGAGAAAGACAACCUACAGAUGUAAACUGGGUAAAUAAAGAUAGGAAAGACUCCAACAGCAAUCGGAGUAGAAGUAAUUUACCAUUUCCUAGUCUGUCUUCUGAAAGAGGUAUGGAUUAUGGAAGCUCUUCCAAAAAACAUUAUGGCUUUUCUACUCCAGAAAGUCAGUAUGGGAAUUCUGAAGACUUUAACCAAUAUUUUGGUACCAGUAAAAGUCUGAAGAAUCACAGCUUGCAAAGCCAGAGGUGGCACAGGUCAAAAAACGAUAGCGCAUGUACGAGAAGUAAGGUGAGGCAAAGCACUGCUGAUGCUGCUGUGGGUCCAGGAGUUUCAGACGCUGCGAUAGCAGCGGGGAGAAGAGCCCCUCCGAGAGGAUACAACGACUUCCUCUCCUCAGAGAGUGACAGGGAGGUACCUAGUGCAGAUAGCAGAGGAGCAAAGCCAAAGAAAACGCACCUGAUGCACGUGUCUGGAAGAGGUUUCAGGGAGAAAGGAAAGCAAGUCAAUGACCGGGAGAAGCGAGUGAGCUCUAAACAGAAAGCAGAGCUGUUUGAAAAUGUUCCAUCUCUGGAUUUGACUCAGUCUGACUCUUCGGAAUCGUCCGUUGGGAAGGCAUUCUGUGAUGCUCCUGUGGCUAGUGGGGAUGAGCACAGGAGCUACAGCUACGUAAACAAACGCUAUCCCCGGAAGCCCGUGUGGAAUAAACCCCCGGCAGAAAAGGAGUGUCAGAGAAGGCACGAGUCUCACCGGGGUAAGAACACAAAAGUAGGUAAGAAGUCUUCUCUUGCCUAUACUCCAAAGGACAAAAAUGACAGGAGGAAAGAACUCUCUGUUCACAAAAAUGAUGACAACUUAACCAGUGAAAUCAGGCAUCAGUUGUCAGAUUCUGUCAGAUGUAAUGGAAGAAAAUUCCUGCUAAAGGGGGAUCAGGCACCUGCCCUUCAUUUCAGCUGGACACAGUACUGGAAGAAGCAGAGCGAUGUACCAAAAAACAAAGAAACUCAUACAGGGUCAUUGAUUGAACAGCUGACCACAGAGAAGUAUGAGUGCAUGGUGUGCUGUGAGGUGGUCCGAAUAGUAGCCCCAGUGUGGAGCUGUCAGAAUUGUUACCAUGUGUUCCAUCUGAAUUGCAUUAAGAAGUGGGCACGAUCACCAGCUUCACAAGCUGAAGAUGGUAAUAGUGGUUGGAGAUGUCCAGCUUGUCAGAAUGCUUCUACACAAGUUCCCAAAACUUACACUUGUUUCUGUGGUAAGGUGCACAAUCCUGAAUGGAAUAGAAAUGAAAUUCCACAUAGCUGUGGGGAACUUUGUGGAAAGAAGAGACAGUGUUUGGACUGUCCACAUCUUUGUAACAUCCUGUGCCAUCCAGGACCUUGCCCUUCAUGCCCAGCCUUUGUGACAAAGACAUGUGAAUGUGGACAAACAAGUCAUUCAGUUCGCUGUGGCCAGUCAACAAAAAUUCAUUGCUCUAACGUCUGUGGAAAUACUUUAAACUGUGGUAAGCACAGUUGUACUCAAGUGUGUCAUGCAGGAAAAUGUGCACCUUGCCAGUUAACCAUACAGCAAGUGUGUUACUGUGGAAGCAACUUUAAAGAAGUAUUGUGUGGGACAAAGGAAGAAUUCUCUGAUGGUUUUGGGAAUUUCUCAUGUCAGAAUAUAUGUGGCAAAAAAUUAAAUUGUGGGAGGCACAACUGCACACAAGUCUGCCACCCUCAGCCUUGCCAGCUUUGUCCACGACUUCCACAAGUAGUGUACCGCUGUCCUUGUGGCCAGACUCCUCUCAGCAAGUUACUGGAACUGGGAUGUGUUGAACGUAAAAUAUGCACAGACCCCAUCCCGUCUUGUGGAAAAACAUGUGGCAAACCUCUUUCCUGUGGUAGCUAUGAGUUAGUUCAUACAUGCGAAAGCCUUUGCCAUGAAGGAGACUGUAGACCAUGUUCCCACACAUCGAAUAUUUAUUGUAGGUGUGGCUUCAAAAAAAAG